AUUUUGUACCGUUAAACCGUGAAAUCUAGCGAUAUGUGCGCACAAAAUAUAAGAUACUAUUAUUAUUUAAUAACAUUGUUGAUUCUCUUAGCAUUGUGUCACUCAACCGAGUCGCAAAACAAUGGCCGUUCCAGUAGACGUAGACCAACAGUGAGUAGCAUCAAAGCAAACAUCGAAGAAGUGACUGAAAAGUCUGAGGCAGCAGCAGACCAAAUAGCUCUUGCCGCUAGCCAUACGGAAAAGAAUCUGCAAAGACGCGGUGGUGCCUACGCAACUGAAGGACAAGAUUAUCCUUAUGACAAUUUGGAAAUAAACCUUGUCCGACCCGAGAGGGACCCCGUGCACACGCAAAUUACAGCCAAGUAUACGGCAAGCUUAGGUGCAGGUGGUCCCUAUGAUUCGGGGUCGCUGGAAGAUUCUGAAACCGCUGAGGAGUAUGUCGCUAAUGCAAUGAAAAUGCAACGUUAUGGUAGUCGUCUACGCGAGCCAAUACGAAUACUCUCCACGGAGAAUGCCAUUCAGGCUGGAUCCAAGACACCGUCGAAACAUGUUGAGGACCCUGGAGAUAAUGAAAGGGAGGUACCGUCAUCAGUCAAUAACAAAUAUGAAUACUACAACCCACAACAACAAAAACAACAACAAACACAACAGCAACAAAACCAACAAACGCAACCACAAUUAUCGUCUCGUCUAGAAAACAAUCACAAAGUCAUAUUAGAGAGUCAAAUACAUGCUCAGUUGCAGGCGCAGAUCCAGCAAGCACAACAGCAAGCUGAAAGCCAGCAGCAGCAACAGCAGCAACUUGGCGUGGCAGCUGAUAAUGGUCAAGCAUCGGGUCCAAAUAACGAGGUAGCACAAGUGACGGCAUCUGCUUACAAUAGAGACCCGGUUACGCGUUCCUACCAGGUGUACGAUGACAGCAUCAAUGCAUAUGAAGCAAAUAUAGGCGCUGCCGGAGGCGCUUCUGAUGGAGUUAUUGAUGGAGAUGGCGUCGAUCGGCAUUAUCGCACAAAAUAUCUCUUUCAACCAUCAUAUCAAGGUGUAAGCGUAGCGCCAGCGGAGUUAGAACCGGAGGAACUACGCAUAUCUGCUUCGACUGAAAUACCAAAAGCGGAGAUAAUGAAACAAAUCGAGAAGUCAGUCAUGAAGUACAUGAAGGAACUGGAAGCGGAGGGUAAGAUAGUCACAUCGCCACAAGAAUCGAAAUCGUACUAUAAAAUGCUUCCGGUUCCAGCUGAAGAGAAACAUAUUAGCUCGACAACAGUGCGCCCCAAAUAUCCAACUGUUACACCAGCCCACAUUUCGCUCUACGGAGCCGGUAGCGAAAGUGGUGGCGUGCCAUCACCAGCAGCGCACCGCUCAACUGCUCAGGCCAGCGUUUCUGGUUACAGCAACGCAGCUCGCCAUCACGUUCCCAAACAUCAGCUCAAGCCGGCACAACGCUAUCAGUCAGAAACUGAAGCGGCUUACCGCGCACAAGCUAACGCUGCACACCAACAGAAGUCACAUGAAACGAGCGAAGUACUUGCGCCGAAUGUCGAGUUUGUCUAUAAAAUAAAAACAAGGGCACCGCUACAAACGGCUACGGUGAAAACGAUUUCAAAACCUUAUACACUACCACUCAAAGGCGUUCUCGAUCAGUUCGAUCAUACUGCUGCGCUGAAGCACCUCGAAGAUUUCGACCUUUCGCAUGUCGUCACCACGCAGGAGCCCGAUGAGCGUCCUUCUUCAUUAAGUGCCAGUGUUACAAGUAAACCAAAUAAACUUUACUUUAAUUCUGAAAUCUACCACGACAUAAACUCAUUGCCUUUCAAAUCGGAAAAAUCUCGUACGUUAUCCGCAUCUUCUGCGGCAGCUGAAUAUCGUAAAUUAAAAGCGAGCACCGGUGAGAUGAGUGCCGACUAUAAAGGAUACUCUGGUUACUUUGCUGAACCUUCACCACCACAAGCGGAAGCAUCCGAUGAGAAAGACCCGAAUGCUGGAGCGAACGUGCAGGUUUCUGAAGAUGGCUAUCCUGUAAUGAAUCCGUAUCAGUAUGUAUUGAAGAAAGAACCACUACCAAGCAGAUAUGAGGAGCCAAGCAGCAGUUGGGUUGAGACGCACGCUAAGCCUAUUUACACAGCGCUCUCGGCAUCUCAAAAGGGCUUGGAGUAUGAUAGUUAUAGUCCGAAAUUCAAUAACAAUCCUGAGGGCUAUGGUUAUCAACACUCACACAAAGUAGAGCGUGAGCGUGAGCGCGAGCGCGAGAGAGAACCUCGUGAACCAAAUAAGUACGCAAUAAGUCGCUUGCCAAGUGGCGGCAGUAGCAAACGCGGCAAGCGCGGUGGCGGUUUGCCUUAUCCCAAUUUAAAUAAAAAGAGUCAACGCAACACAGCAGUGAAGGAUAUCGAGGCUAACUUGGCGCUGCGUCCGCCUCCGAAAAAUUAACCUGUUCGAUUUUAACAUAGACAUUUAUAUUGUUAAAAAGGCGAAACUGUAACAAGUUUGGUUGAUUCGGCUUUAGCGUAUUCGCUAUAUUUGAGUUUAAUAUUUUUUUUUCUACGACGACGUUGCAUGCCCGCCUGAGUUUAUGCACUUCCAUAUUACACAUAACAAAAUAUGCCAAUUUUCAAAUGCAAUAUUAGUUUAAGUAUUCAUAAUGCUAUUUAUAUACAUAUAUAUGUUUAAAUUCUUGUAUUUAUUUACAUGUUUAAUAAA